CAUGUGUCUGUCAUACAUCGUUAGAGACUUGUUGUUCAACCUUAUAGCCCUGUGGGUUGAUACAUUACGUGAACAGCUCUGAUUGGAGAAUUGUGAGUGAGGUUCAUAUAUAUAUAGGCUGUGGAUCGUGCUUGUUAAGUUGCUCUUGUUGUUAUAUUAACCGGACAUGAAACAGUGUGAGUGUGCGUGUACGUGUAGAUUGUAAAGAAGAGAAGCUAGACAGCGCCAUGUAAACCACAUAUCAGCCACAUAUCACCCCGGCUUGUCACUUACAGUUCACCAUGUCAGAUACGGGCGCUCGCUUUUAUCUGAAGACGAGUACAAAGGUCGUCCGUAACUCCAGCUGAAUCCUAAAGCCAAAUGUAAGGCUUUACGGUGGGCUUAGACGAAGCCAUGAGACUUGUGAAACGCUUGUUUAGACGAAAAGCCUCGGCUAGCUGCCUGCUGAGGUAUGUGGCCUCAUGUUGUCUUAUAAGCUGUCUGCUACUAGUCACCUGCCAUGUCGCCCUCAAUUCAAAAUGGCGCCCCCUGGUGUUGGACUUUUCGUCUGCUACCUCAUCACAGAAAGAUUUUAUUGACUGGCGGGGCGGGAAAAUCGAUGCUCUGAGACUGUCGCAAAAAGUUCGCAGGCUGUCGCUGGACAGACAUGGGAAAAACCAGGAGCCACAUGACCAGCCGAACUUUCCUGGAAACCCAAAACGAGAAAAGUGGCAAAUUACCUUUAUUACAGACGAUUCCAGAGAUCCCCAAAAUGAUGAAACCAUAUUAAGAGAAACGAGUGACAAUUCCAAAAAGCACAAUAUUAAGGAUGCUUUUAACCGUGGGGUAAAAUUAAUCGCAAAUGCAUUCCAGAAGAGCUCUAAGAAACCCAAUAAUCAUGCUACUCGUAAAAUUCCAUACAGCAGAGAUUCGUUAAAGUUUGUUGGAGGUCCCAUUAACCAACUUCCAGGGAAUCAGCCACCAAGUUCUGGUCUUAAAACCAUUUUAUUGUGGACACCAUUUUUUGGUAAAAAGGACUGGUUGCCAGAGAACAAGCUAAACUGUAGCUAUCCAGGGCUGGUUGAUUUCCACGGUUCUUUGCCUUGCAAGAUUUCAUCUGACAGAUCUGAUCUCCCAAACAGUGACUUAAUUAUCAUCCAUGCCAACGACAUACAGUCGUCAUUCGAUCUGCCCAAGACCCGUUCAGCCAAUCAACGUUGGUUAUUUUAUUGUCAAGAGUCGCCAAAACAUACGUAUCUGGAAUUGGAUAACUUUACUUCAUUAUUUAACUACACUGCUGUAAUGAGGAAAGAUGCCGACUACGUAAUUCGGCAUGGUGGCAUUUUGCCGAAAGUGAAACCUAUGAGACAGACAAAAUUCCUCAGGCACAUAGCCAGAAUCAUGGCUUCAAAAAAGCACCUUGUGGCUGCCAGGAUAAGUAACUGUGCCCCGAAGAAACGUCUGAAUUAUAUCGCGGAACUUCAAAAGUACGUUGAUGUUGAUUUUUACGGAUUGUGUGGGGACAAAAAAUGCCCAAAGUCAGAGGACGAGUGCAACGGAAGCAAAAUGGCAGCUUAUAAAUUUUACUUGGCUUUUGAAAAUUCCAAUUGUCGGGAUUACAUAACGGAAAAAUUCUGGCUUCCACUUCACCACUGGAACUCAGUUCCAAUUGUAAUGGGAGGAGCUGGUCCCGAGGAUUAUAAACUGGUAGCCCCGCCUCACUCCUACAUUAACGUUGUUGAUUUUGCUUCACCGCAGAAGUUGGCUGAAUAUUUACAACUUUUGGACAAAAACCAGACAAUGUACGAGCAGUAUUUCCAUUGGCGGCGUCAUUAUGGAAACCGUCGAAAGAGGGACUACACGUGGUGUAGCAUGUGUGCUGAUUUGCAUAAUGGUUCUAAGCCAAUACAAUAUUACACAGACUUGAAAAGUUGGUAUCACGAAGAAGCUUGUGUAAGCUGACCGUAAAAGUAUAAUAUAGGCAAAUUUUGUUUAAAUUGUUUUUAUUUACAUAUUGUCAGAUUUUCUAUAUUACAUAUUUCCUUAAUUCCUC